AUGCCUGAAUCCACCUCUGCUGGAGGCGAAGAGCUGCCAGGCUCUCCAAAACAGCAUGAGCCCACAACUUCUGCAAGAGAGCAACAGCAUGGUGAGAGUCACAGCUCUGAGAGCCCUGACCUCGAAAGAGAGCCAUUACUUCCUAAUAGACGUUUUGUCGACCCAGAUGAUCCUAUAGUGUCGCCAUUGAAUUUGAAGAGGAUUGCAGUGUUGUGCCUGGUGCUCAUUGCGGUGCUAGCAGUGAAUGCGCUUGUCUUAUUUUUGGUGGUCGUUUCGGACUUCAUCUCGAUUCCAUUCUUCAACCGUAGAGGCAAGUCGUUCCUUGACUUUGAUUUGGCUCUUUUGAAUAUUCUUACCGGCGCUGUGACCCUCUGGUGCUUCACCGUGCCUGCUUAUUAUGAGAGAAUCUUGGGAUACAUAAGCUGUGCCUUGGUCUUCAUCGACUUGGUGGUUUUGCUUAGUGUGCCUUACCUUCGGGGCCAACUGGGUGGGUUUGGUAACAUUCUUUGGCUCUGGACUCUCCUCAACAUUGCCCUUAAUUGUUUCGCUGAUUGGUCUGUAGAACGGGGAAAAGCUCAACAAGAAAUUAGGUAUACGGGAAGAGUCGAGAAGCGGAGAUCAGUUUUUGAGCUUUUUGUGAUGCUCGUCAAAAUUUUUGUGAAAUUGUUUUUGUUGUGGGUUAUUUGGUGUAUUUCCCUCUCGAUCUGGCUUGAGGGAUUUGACUCUCACGAGAAACCUUGGGGUAAAUUGAUUCCAGUCAACGAAGGUCAAUUUAAAGUUCACUUGGCUUGCUACGGUGAUGUGCAUGCACCGAUGGCCAAAAAUGAUGAAGACGAUCCCUCGAAAGCUAAGCAGCCCAUCUUGUUAGUGGAAGGAGGACAACUCACGUCUUCAGAGGUGUUCCAAGAGUGGAUCCAGGAACUUUAUCAUAUGAACAAAAUUGAGAGAUUUUGUAUCUGGGACAGGCCGGGGUAUGCAUUUUCCGACAGUGCCCCGCUGCCAGUGUCCAUCUCAAUCAUCGUUGAGUACCUUCUGGAGGCGCUUAGAGCCGAGAAGAUCGAGGGGCCCUUUUCUGCCGUGGGAUUCGACGAAGGUGGGCUCUACUCGCGCGUAUUCGCUCUGCGUAACCUUGGCCAAAUUCAUUCGCUUCUACUCGUGGACAGUUGGCAUGAGGAUCUCCUCAAGCAUUUUCCAUUUAGCGGCAGCAAUAAGAAAAAUGAGAGCAGGAAGGUGUUUAAAAACAUUUUGGAGCUCAUGGACUCCUGGCAAGGCUUCAAAGUUUGGCUUAGGGGUGUUGUGUCUCCUCUUGGUAUUCAGAAAAACAUUCAUUGGUUCUUCCAUCCCCAAAGAUACUCAUCGAAGAGUCGAAUCUUUGGUAGAGACAUGGUGUACAGUCCUAAGUAUCUUCGGGCAAGACUUCAGGAACAGGUCACUGCCUCUAUAUUGUCUUUUAAUGAGGUGCAAAACGCAGCGCUACAGCUGGUCCCUCUUGCGGUGAUCUCGUCGGACUUCAUGAUCAAAAACUCCCUCAAUUGGGGCAAGUGGCAAAGAGACUUGAUCAAGAUAAGUGACCGCCUGUUGGAGUGGGUCGUAGCAGAAAACAGCGGCCAUAAAAUUUGGGAGAGUUCCAAGGGCCGUGACCAAUUGCAGCAGUUGCUUUUACGGUUGGUUAGUGAGAAAUCAAACUACUAA